CCGCUUGAAACGCAACGUGAUUUGAACUUCGACUAAUUGUUAUUUUAUAUGAUUUGUGUGCAACUGGAUUCGAUAAUUGACAAAAUCAGGAUUUGAGAUGGGUGAGGAUGAACCUUUGGAGCAAGUACUUGAGCAAGGUCAAACUUCACGUCGAAGUGUCAGAAUUGCAGUGAAGAAAACUGAAACUGUUCAACAUGCAGAAAAUGGUAUCACGUCAGCACAGAAAAAGAAAAGUAGUGCAGAGUCUUCAAGUGAUUAUCGGAAGAGAAUAAAGGCAGACCCGGAAAGAUACCGAAACCACUUGGAGUACGAAAACAAUCGUGUAAAGCUAUUCUUGGCCAACCUGACACCAGAAAAGAAAGGGCAGUACCAGAAAGUGACAAAUGAGCGUGUGAGAAAGUGGAGGGCUGAACAGAAGGCUGUGGGAAAGAGUGUUAGCUCAUAUGUUGCACCAAAAACCAGAAAAGAAAAGGAGACAAAAAAAGAACAAUGGAAAAUGCAAAAGGCUACAUGGAGGGUCAACAGAUCUGAAGAACAAAAGGCAGCAGAAAAAGAAAAAAGAAGGCAGAAGUAUCUUGAAAAGAAAAGAAAAAACAAAGAGGAAACUGCGGCUCUGAAUGGAAAGAAUGUUAUCAGAGAACCAUCGACACCAAACCCUGAACAGCCAUGUUACGUAGAUCCUCAGUGUACCCCUUCCACAUCAACCCUCAGUUCUGAAAGAGAACCUACCCUUCAGUGUGUAGAAUCGGUCCCAGCAACUCCUUACAAGAAGAAGAACACACUCAACAAAGCUGUCUGGCGGAUGAAGAAGGCAAUGCCAACUGACAAGGGGAAAUUUGUGCACGUGUUUGGAACCGUGGUGGACCGUGCGACUCCACGCACUCGUCGUCUUCUUCACCAGAGAUUGGGCAUUGGAGCCAAAUCUAGAAAACGAAUAAAUUUUCUCGCUUCGUCAGUGUCUUCACUCAGGGAAAGCAUCCAUGCGCUUAGAAAAAAAAGAAAUAAGAGGGAUGUCAGUGCUAAGAAAACAGUGGCACUCAUGCUAAGUUUGAAGAAAAAGUACUCGUACAGAGAAAGUAAACUUUUAGGACUCAAUUAUAAACUCCUCCAGAAGGCAGGAAAAGCAAAGAAUUUGGACGAAUUAAAUGUACGGAAAAAAGAAAAGAUGCACUGUCAUCACAGACUGUUCAAAAGGUGGAGCAAUUUUACAGGAGGAGUGACAUUUCCCGUACUCAGCCAGAUGCGCGGAGUGCAAAGAAAGGAUCCAAGGAUGAGUAUCCCGUGGCAAGGAGGGUGA